UGUAUGGAUCCUCUACAUACGUGAAACUGUCUACAUGCUUCUGCCUCUCCAGUGAGCUGCUGUGUGCUUAAGAGAUGGAUUGGGUUGGAAACUUAAAUCUGCACUGGAGACCUUAAAGAGGGCUGGCUAUUCUCCUACCUCACAGGGUCUGACCGACACUCAUCAAGCAGCACGCAGCUUGGUUGUAUUUAAAUGUAACCUGUUGACACCUAACCAAUAACUGAUAGAGACUCUGGUAAUGCUCUGCCUGUUGGGGGCUCAUACCUUUAAGGAUAUGGAUUUGAAUGCCAGUUCUGACUUUGUAGAAUUUGCAUAUUUUUCCCAAGGGACGUACUCAAUGCUGGAAGUGGGCCGGUACUCAUUGGUACGCAGUACAAGCACCACUUUGUUUUUCCCUUCAGAGUACUGGCACCUCUCGGUAUCUGCUGGCACUGAAUAACAAGGGGAGUUCCGGCCCCUGGUACUGAAUAACAAGGGGAGUACCGGCACCUGGCUGGGAAUUUGAGAAGGGGGCUCCGUUCUAUACUUCCUACAACAUAUACCUUUUGAAGCCUCCUAUAAACAGUACCUCUGAGCCAACAUCUGUAUUAUAUGUCAAUUUAAUAUUAAAUUGCAUAACCAUUAAUUUUGCUGAAUACACCCCUUUGCACCAUAAUCUAUGAUACAAAAAUGCAUUAAAUGCACAAAUUUAUAGCGAUAUAGACACUGCAUUCUAUUAUGUAUGAGAAUUUGCUUUUGCUCUCUUGCCAAGUUACGUAAAACCAUUUUGUCAUACGGUUGUGUGUGUUAUUUUAACAGUAUGGCAUGUUUUGGUACGUAGGUCAUGCAUUCGGCAGUAUAUAUGCAGGGGUGGAACUUAAGAAUUUUUGCUGCUGGCUAACUGGGCUAGUUCAGCAACACAUGUUCUCUCAAGCCCACAGUGUACAAUAUAAUUUUCAAGCAUAGAGCAACCAAAAACCAUCACAUCUUACAGUAAUAAAUUACCAUGUAGAAAGUUACUUUCAUUACAUAAUUUACUAAUUUCAAUAAAUAACUUGGUCGGUACGUAGCCAAUGUCCACUAGUCACCCAGCCAUGCAGAAAUGUUUGGGUUUUCGCAUCCUCGUGUGCGUUAUAUCUGGUUAGCUUGUUGAUUCCCUUUGAAUGUUAGCGUGACCUGCUCGGGUCUUACCGGAGAGGGUGAAAUGAAUGGUUUGCUGAAUAGAUAACUAUCGUCUAUAACUCUGUGUUGCUUUGUCAUACGGUCUUCUUAGAAUAACACUUCUGAUGUUUUCCGUUGCGGGGGCAGUUUCGGUAAUCGAAUGCACAAGUACUUACAGUACUUGUGGGAUGGAAACUGGCAAUUCCUGCACUGCGAACUCCAGUGUUAAGCCAUAUAUGAUGAAAAUUUAAGGUUAGUUCCAAUGGGUUCAGUCUCAGUUGUGAACCUCCUAUGGCAGCAUGGCACAAGGUCAUCAUCUUAUGAAACAAGGGCUGAUGCCACCUAACGUGAGACAAAGUAACAUAUUCACUAUUCAACUGUAAACUGUUCAGUAAUCUGUUCACUGUAGCUUAGCUAUAUACAGUUCAAGUUUGUAGCUGAAAUGUGACUUUAUCUGUUGCCUGCAGUAAAGUUGAUGGGCAGUUUGAUACUGAUACGUGGGCUUUUCAGCAGAAGGAAGCUGGUUGCUUUCAUUUCCUUAAAAUCCAGGCAGAUUAUCGUAUAUUUUUCAGUGUCACCCCUAUCGCAAAGAUAACUGCAGUUUUAUUUUCAUAAAUACACAUUUCAGUCUAGCUCAUAAAUUCAGCUGUUGGGGAAAUAGGUCUCAAAGAAGUGUAAUAUGUUUGACGACGCCUACAGAUGUGCACACAGGUCUUGAUGGAAGCCCCCAAAAACUGCUAUGCAGAUGUUAGCAGGGGUGACGCUCAUCCCACUAUAAUCCUGCUGCAUCACCAGCCGCCAUUGUGGUUCGGCGGGGCAGGUAACUCCGACGCCAACCAACCCAGAAAUAGCCCUCUUCUUAACUUUUCACUCCCAUAAUUAAAAAGUGCUUGCUUUGCCCAGAAGAAUGUGCUCCAGCACUAUGUUUGGAUUCCUCCCCCCAACUAAGUUCUCACUUUUAUUAGGAUUCUUCGGACUGGGCCCGAAAUGACCCCACCUAUCCUGAGAGCUAUACUAGCACCGGGCCCCAUGAAGUUUAAGUCCAUUCUACAGACUGACAUGCCUCAUGCAGCCAAGACCUCCAUUAGUGUUUAUUAUAAGAACUGAUUCGCUCCAAUCAGAUCACUGGAUAUCAAGCAUGAUACGGUCAGAGGUCAACCUGUAUCAGCCACAGCAACGUAUGCAUGAAUGAAAAGUGAAGAUAAAUGGAGUAGGUGUGUGGUCUCCACGUUCCCUGUUCUCAGUGUAAAUAUUUAAGAAGUCCAGCAUCUCCGAAGAAUGGCUGAACGCGUUCAUCUCUGCGAGAUGCUACCUGGCAUCAAGGCCUGAGAAAUGGUGUCUACUCGGGAUGAGUUAACUGCAGGUAAUAUUUAAAAACACAUGGAAGAAACUUGCAGUUGGGAAACUAAAGUCUGUCAAAUAGCCAACAUCACACAAAUACUCACAUUAAGCUUUGUGGUCUCAUGGUCUAAUAAUAAUGUAUGAUCUGAUAAUAAUUAUAGGAUGUGAAUGAGCUAAUCCGUGACUUCACAGGGCCCACAUUGGCCCUGAAAACUCAUUCUGGUAUUUCUGCUCGGGCUCUGGUCCAGUGCUCAAGUUUAAAGGGCUGUCACAGAGCUGAGUACGAAGUCCAUGGCGAAAGGAGCAGUCGCUGUACAGUCUGGCCGCCCUCCAGCCUCGCCGCUAACGGCCAGUAGCCCUCUGUGUGGCAGCUUGUUACCAGGUACAGAUUGAUUUAUUAAAAAAAAAAAAAAAAAAAAAAACACACAAAGGAAAACAAGGGUGUGAAGGAAAUCCAGGAGGACUGAAAUGCCGCGUGGCAGGGGAGGGAGCCCGUCACUGCCUUUCUGAGGACGUCAGGGCCGUGGUGAGUCGAUCGGGGACAGGCGCCGGUACCCCGGCUGAGUAAGGGACGUGAGUUGGUGUGUGGGGGGAUAGAGGAGCCUGGCGCGGCGUGGCAGUGCCGCAUUGAGGCCUGUGCCAGUCGACGUGAGAGGAGCCCUAGAAGAGCGAGCGAGAGAGGGAGCGAGUGGCCUCACCGGGAAGGCAGGGGACACCUGGACAGGGCAGCCACCCGAUUCCGUUCGUCCCCCUGGCUGCCGUCUCUCGCCAAUGUCCCUGAACGGUCAGAGGAAGAUCAGAAGAUCGCCGUGGACCUGAGGUGUUUUGAUGGGCAGAAGUGAGACAUAUUACUGAGAACUAAUGGAAAGAAUCUCUGCCUGAAGGCUGGGUCGUGCUGUAUGGGAAGGCCUGAAAUCAUCCGAGAGGCUUAUGAGUGCAAGAAGAAUGAAGGGGUGACUCAGAGAGGGAGGCAUUUCCAAGGCUGAAGGAGAGGCUCAUCAGCCGGGAAGUGGGUCACCGUGCGCUCCAGCGGACAUCGGCCUUCCCUUUGCGGGUGGCACCGCUUACCUCGCGGGGAGGACCGUGGAGUAAGCGACAGGGAGCUGCCAGGAGGUGACCGCGCCGUCACUGACGCCCUACGGACGCAUCUCUGCUUUUCGAGCCAGAGCCAUGAACUUCCAUGCCAGGAGGGUCACCCUGCCUGUAAUCACGCCAAUCACCCUCCAGAAGCGGGUCAUCAAAGUCUUCAGUGACGAUAACACGAGUCGAGUGCUGGAGGUCCCCACUGAUGUUACCGCCAGAGACGUCUGCCAGCUGUUUGUGCUGAAGAAGCAGUACGUCGAUGACCACAGCUGGACGCUGUCUGAGCAGCUGGCUCACUUGGGCAUAGAACGAAUCAUCGAGGACCAUGAGUCAAUGAUGGAAGUCCAGUCCAGUUGGAGUGUGGAUAGCAGCAGGUUUUGUUUCAGAAAGCAUCAUGCCAAGUAUGAGUUUUUCAAGAAACCCCUGGACUUUUUCCCAGAACACAUGGUGUUUGUAUCAAGUGAGACCAGUGACACAAUGGCACAUUCUCAGCUGAUACAGAUGUUCCUCAACUCCAGCAUUUGCUCAGAGGUCUGUGGGUACCUCCAUGCCAGAGAGCAAGGGAAGAAGUCUUGGAAGAAGUUCUACUUUGUUUUGCGGAGGUCUGGCUUGUACUUUUCCAGUAAAGGGAUGUCAAAGGAGCCACGGCAUCUCCAGUUCGUGGCGGAGUUCGGAGACAGUGACGUGUACACCAUGCUGUCGCCAACCAAGAUGUACGGCACACCAACCGCCUUCGGGUUCUGCAUAAAGCCUCACAAGUCGGACUCUCCCCGGGACCUGAAGAUGCUCUGUGCUGAUGACGAGCGCACUAGGACGUGCUGGGUCACAGCGAUGCGUCUUUUUAAGCAUGGGAUGCAGCUGUACCAGAAUUUCCUGCAGCCUCACCUGAAACAGAAGGCAUCACCGGUGAGGAGCAUCUCGGAGAACUCGCUCGUGGCCAUGGACUUCUCCGGACACCAGAGCCGUGUGAUCGAGAACCCCUCAGAGGCGCUGUCUGUUGCUGUGGAAGAGGGUUUAUCCUGGAAGAGGAAAAGCUACCACCGGUUGAGUUCCCAAGGAAGUCCCUCUGCUCUCCGCAGGCCUCUGUCCACCAUAGUAGGCAUCCACAGAUCUCAGCCCUGGUUCCACAGCAAACUGUCCAGAGAUGAGGCCACCCACCUGAUUGCCCAGCAGGGUCUCAGUGAUGGGGUUUUCCUGGUGAGAGACAGCCAGAGCAAUCCCAAGGCAUUCGUCCUGUCACUGUGUCACGCACAGCGAAUCAAGCACUUUCAGAUCCUGCCUGUGGAGAAAGAGGGAGACUCAUUCUUCAGCCUGGACGACGGGCAGACUCGCUUCACCGACCUUAUUCAGUUGGUAGAGUUCUAUCAGCUCAACCGGGGUUCGCUGCCCUGUAAACUGAAGUACCAGUGUGCCAGAGUUGUCCUUUAAGCCAGGACACAUGUGCCUUAUCGUUCUGAGGGCCACGUUUCACCGGCGUGCUGCCGCUUCGGGCUGCAUAAGCGCAAGACUGCACCCAAAUAACGUAACCAAAGACCAACCAGCAGCAGGACUCAUCAGUGAGUCUCAGUCCUGAAGCUAUAGGCUUCUUGAGACCGAAUUAACUCUUUGGGACGCGUGUUGAGCAUUAGCCAUCAGGUAACGUCCGUCCAAGGCCAUGGUGAAACAGCUUGAAGAAUUCGCUGGAGAAGACGCAGAAGGUUGGAAAGAGGGGUAGGUACACUGGACCAGGAACCUAGGAACUUUCAGCUGGUUCUCUGUAAUGGAUACAGUUUCGGGUGAUUCUCUGCGUUGGUUGCAGCACGGAGGGAUGCUAAUGGCUGUUUGCACUAGACUCAGUUCCCAUCUUGUGAGAUGCUUUCCUAGGAACUUCAAACAUCGCUGUAUAAACAGAAAGUGUUUGCUCCAGCUAAGGGAUAACCAGACCUACUGUGUCCAGACUGGCCAUGUCUGUUAUACCUGCUUGUUUGUUUUUUUGGGUAAUCAGGCACUACAGAGGAUCAUUUCAGCAUUAGGGAUCAUUUCUUUGUCUCCUAAUACUUCAUUAUAUAUACAGACACUCCUCUACUUACGAAUGAGUUGCAUUCUGAAUGGCUGUUCAUAACUUGAAAUGUUCGUAAGUCGUUAUCCAACAUCAUUUUAAGGGUAUACGCAAGUACAAAGAACUAGGAUGCUGGGAGUACGCACGCUACGCUGCUGCGCGGUGGGAGUAGCGGCCGGAAGUCGUACUAGGCGGAAUUGGCGCUCAGGAAAAAAAAAAUUGAUUUUGAGAACAGGAAACGGGAGCCAAAGGAACACAGUUUGAACUUACAGUCCUCUUCGUUCUUAUGUCUGAAUGUUCGUAAGUUGAAAGUUCGUAAGUAGAGGAGCGUCUGUAAUGCAUCGUUUAAUUUUUCUUGUGCACUCUGAUCAGCUCUGCGAUGUUCCAGGACCUGGUCUCUGUCGCGUAAUGUACAUCUCGUGCUGUUCGGGUGUUUUAUAAAAAUGGCCGUGUCAUUGUUUUUUUAGCCAGGGGUGAUGAAGUUCAGAACCUGCUAUAGAAGCUGUACUAUACAUGCGAUGGAGGGGGGGGGGGGGGGGGGGGGGGGCGUUUAAAGAGGAUACUGUGAGGAUGAUGUAAUCAAGGGAGGGUGUUCAUACGGCAGCUGAACUGAUAACACUGUAAAUGCAAAAAAGAACGAUGAAUGAAAGUCUUGGAAAUUAUGUAACUUGGGAUCUUAGAAAUAUAUAUAUGAUUUUCAGUACUGGGAGGAAUUACAUUAUUAUUAUUUUUAUUAUUAUUAUUUUCAGUAGUAGUAGUAGUAGUAGUAGUAGUAGUCCAGACAUUUUAAUGUGAUAUAAUUUUUUAAUAAAUUAAUUUUGAAAAGGCAGUGCACUUUUACAGAAAUUGAUGGGCAAAUACUGGAUGCAAAUAUAUUUUAAAUGUGGGCACUAUGUGACAACCUGCAAUGAUUCCUAAAAAUUAGUUUUGAUUUGUAGUGUGUGUGUGUGUGUGUGUGUGUGUGUGUGUGUGUGUGUGUGUGUGUGUGUGUGUGUGUGUGUGUGUGUGUGUGUGUUUUGUUUGGUCUGUUUUUAAGUGAAACUAUUUUAUAAAAUGUUUUGCACCCAAAAUGUAUAGCUCUUGUAGAUUUUAUAGCUUUUCAACAAUUUACAAAGCAAUUUUCAUUGCACUGUAGUCAAACAUUGGUAACAGUUGUUUCCAAUGCUGAUUUUUAGACAUUGACUGUUAAUGAUUGUCGGGAUACAAGAUAUUUGAUGCUGGAUUUGUGAAAAUCUGAUCAUACAUGCUUUCCUUUCAUAAUUUGGGAACUGAAUAUAAUCUAAGUGUAUGUGUCUGUAAAUAUAGUUUGUCUUUGUAAAGCUUUACCUGUGCUCUUUAUUAUCUAAAUCUUCAUAUAUUGAUCAAUACAUAAUUUUUGUGGUUUUCACAAAAACUUUCAAUAAAGAAAAAAAAAAUUCUU